AUGGAAUCAGCUACUACUAUUAAAAAUCAAUUAAUGGUACUUUUUGACAAUUUAAAAAAUAUUCAACCAAAUGAACGAGAUAAAUUAAUUACAUUUAUGAAAACAACUUUGUCACAAUUACAAGAGAAUAAUGAUAAUGAAAGUAAUACUAUAUGUCAGGCUAUUACAAGCAAUAAUGACAACUAUACUUAUUGUUAUGACGAAAAUGUAAAUACUACUACUACUUCUACUACUACUACUACCACUACUACUACUACUACUAAUGUUAGUUUGACUAAUAGCUCUCCAACGUAUGUGAAUUUAAAAUCGUCAGAACUGUAUAAUUUAACAAAUACCAAUGUAGACGGUUCACAGUUAUCGUUUGAAGCAACAAAUGAAUCAGUAGUCAAUCAAAUGAAUGGCUUCCCUACAAUAACAACAGUGGAACAUCAUAAUACGGCUACUACUUCUACUACUACUACUAAUCCGACUGUUAACCUGCCAGAAGUGAUCGAUGUGAACAACUAUAUAUCUACACCUACAAGUAAACCAACACUUACUUGCUCAAAUCUCACUAAUGAAACGUAUGAAGCACAAAAUUCUUCAAUCUCAUUCAGUAGUGAUAACAACAGCAAUAUUACUGAUAAUCAUUCAACAUCCAAUUCCACUUUAAAUCAUAAAAAAUCAUCUUACAAUUAUUAUUAUCCUAAUAAUCAAAUUUUCCUUCAUUGUCCAUUAUGUUGUCAAUUGAAAUUUGAUAAUUGGCCAAAUUUAAAAUAUCAUUUAUAUUAUGAACAUCAACGAAAGUCAACCAAUCAUAAUAAUGUAUCACCUAUAUGUUGGCGAUGUCAAGGUAUAUUUGAUAAUCAUGCCCUCCUGCUAGCACAUGAAUGUUUUGAUUGGGGUCGACUGAAUUUACCCUGUGCAAUGUAUAUGCAUAAAUCAUUGAAAACAUUUCAUCAAUUCUCUGAAGAUGAAUUAAUUGAAAAACAAUUUCCUUUAGAUGGUGUAUUUUUAAAUAGACGUUGUAGUUUAUGUUAUAAAGCCAAUGUUACUUAUACAUCCUAUGAUGAAUUUGAAAAACAUAAACUAUCUUCACAUUCUAUCCCAGGAAGAGAUAGCGGUUAUGAACCUUUCACCGUCACAUCACCAACUAAUAAUACAUCGUCAUCAUUGUUUAAAUCAAGUCGUCGGAGGAAGAAACAUUCCACAAAGUGUAAUUUACCAAUCGAAAAUCAUCCAUCAUCUGAUGUAGCUAUUCGUAGUGUAGUACGUAGUUUAACUGAACGUUUCUAUGCAUUAAAUUAUCAUCAUCAAAAUGAAUUGAGACAACGUCAUUGUAAACGGAAAACACUACCACAUCAUGAUCAUCAUCGAGCGGAGACAAUGUUUCAAUCAACAGCCAUAAACAAUUGUGUUGUUACUAGUACUAUCAGUUCUCCAACAACAACUACUAGUACUACUACUAGUAGUACUGAAACAACUGGUGUCGAUCUCAUCAUCUCUACUACUAGUACUACUACUACUACUACUACUACCGCCACUACGACUAAUGCAGAAGAAGACGAAGGCGGACGAGGAGGAGGAGGAGGAAGAGAAGAUGAUGAGGAAAAAGCGACAACACCUACUUCAUCGACUAUCAAUAGUGAUAAUGCUGAGAAUAAUAAAACAUCUUCAAACAAUUGUAGUCCAUCAACAUUUUUAACCAGUCUAUUAGUUGCACAACGUGUUAAACGUAAUUUAACUUUGAAAAAUAAACAUGCUCGUCGAUUGAAAGCAGUUGCAUUUGAAUGUGGCAGCCGAUCCCCCAGUGAAAAAUCUAUCAUUCAUGAUGAUGACGAUGACGAUCACAGUCAUACCGAUGAACGCUUCAAUGCAAUCACAGCAUUAUCAUGUAAUGAUUUGCCUUCUUCACCAUCAAUUCAUAGUCAUAUUUCGGAUAUUUCUUCUGAUCAACUAUCAUCAUCAUCAUCGUCUGUUAGAAAUCGACGACGUAAUUUCUGGUCAAAUUGUCAAAAUACUAAUCGUCAUACAAUUAAACGUUUAAAAUUACAAUUUAAACGUAAAAUGACCACAUCAUCACAUCGUCAACGGAAAAUCAAUCUUGAUAAUAAUAAUAACGAUGAUGAUAAUAGUCAUAGUUCAACAUUAUUGACGAAUAAUUUAAUGAAAAUUCGACGAUUUACUUGUAAUCAAUGUUCUGCAGUGUUUCGUUUAUCAUCUCGUUUACGAGCACAUUAUCUAUUUCAACAUGGUCAUAUUCCUGAAUGUCUUGGCGGUUUAUCACCGCGACCAAAUGAAAUUUUAUUCAAGAAACAACGAAAUCUGAACUUGAGUCGUAGUAACAAUGACAUCAGUUUUGAUAACAAUGAUGAAAGAACAAAUUCAUCUUCUUUGAAGAAUACUACUCCAGCGCCUGAAACCACUACAUCUGCUACUACUACUACUACCAGUAGUACUCCGACAUCGACGCCGACGGUCACUUCCAGCUUGGCAUCGUCAUGUGUCCCUAAUGAAUCCGAUCAUAGUCUUCCUCCUCCUUCUGGAUUAAUGACAAGAUCAAGGAAACGUAAAGCUGUUAGUGAUAAUAAUAAUACUAGUAAUAACGUAACUAUUCAGUCAUCUAACCAAUUAACUCAUAAUACACGACGAAUGAAAAAACCAACUAGCGAUCCUGUUACAACGAAUUCUGUAACUACUACUAAUGAAGAUAGACUUAUUGAUUUUUUAUCUGACCAUUCAAACAGCACUGAACAAGUAGUUGUUACACAACAAUUUUCUAUGACUGAUACAAAUUUAUUUUAUAAAAAAUUUUCUUGUCUUGAAUGUAAUCAAUCAUUUAAAACGGCUUAUAAUUUAAAACGUCAUCAAACUAUUAUACAUUUACAUAAAUAUCGUUAUUUUUGUGGUUAUUGUGAAUAUCGUACUGGUGAACGUUUAGCUUAUGAAGAACAUUUAGCAAGACAUUUUUGUAUUAAACAAUUUCUAUGUGAAAUAUGUAAUGCACGUUUCACGAUCAAACAUGAAUUAGACGAUCAUAAAGCGUUUAAACAUUCGAAUGAACGUAAUUUCGCUUGUACUGAAUGUGAUCAACGAUUUAAAACUGCCGGUACACUUUGGCGACAUAAAAAAACUCAUGAACCGAAACGUGUUUAUCAUUUAUGCCCAAUAUGUUCUACAUCGUUUACACGUUUAUCGAAUUUAAAUCGUCAUCUUGCACGAACACAUAAACAGCAACAGCAACGCCAACACCAACAACGGGAGCACCAACAGCACCAACCUCAACAAAAUCACCAAUCAAUCCGGCUGGAUACAAAUAAGAAAUUAUCAACAAGUUAUCAACAUGAUGCUAAUAAACAGAAAAAAUCAUCAAAAACCGGUCAACAAUAUCGUCAAGUUGUCAAUCCAACAACAACAACAACAACAACGAUGAUAAAUAAUAGUCAACAAACUGUGGAACAAAUUUAUCCAGUGGAAAUUAUUACACCACAUUUAUCUGGAUCCGAUCUAUCAUCCAUAUCAGAUCAACAAACUUUGAUCACUAUGAUCCCAGAACACGACCGGACAUCUUCCAAAUUGAUCAAUAUUUCUGAUCAUAAUUUCAAUAAAAGCAUUUUAUACAAUCCGUCUAUUUCAACUUCAUGUUGUGACACGCCAUCAUCAUCAACAUCAACAUCAUUGUUGUCGUCGAAUAUACCGCCAACAACAUCAACAACAACAACCACAGAAAUCCUGUCAACACAAGAUCAUGUGAUGGUGACCACUGGUGAAGAUUCUAUUGUUUCAACGCAUAUCUCAGAAUAUCAAACAGUGGAUCUUGACAAUCAUUCACAUUCUACUGUAUUCAUGUUAAAUUUCACUGAUCUCGAUACAAACAACCAUCUUCAUCAUCAUCAUCAUCAUCAUGAGUAUUUUGAACCGACUGACGGUUCACAUAAACUAAUGUUCAGCAGUAACAUUCAUGAUGCUGCUGUGUAUGAACAACCGACAGCUGGAUUCACAUCCACCUCGUCGUCAACUGCUGCAUCAAAUGGAACAUUCAUUUCGUCCACAUCGUACACAUCAGCAUCAUCUCCGACAAUAACUGGAACUAACAUUAGUUUACCAUCGAAUUUAUUAUUACCGAUUCGAUUGAAUAAUACCAAUGUGAAUUGUGAUAUUGUCACAAAUACUAAUACUACUACUAAUAAUGAAACUAGUAGUAGUAUGAGUAGUAAUACAAACUCUUGGCCUACCAUUAUAUCACAUCACUCAGAACCGAGUCUAUGCUAUUUGAUAACAUCCAGUGAAACAAUUGAAAAUGAUGUUUUAUUAUGCAGUCAUAAUCAUAAUAAUAAUUAUACAAAUGAAGUCAGUACUACUAAUACUACUACUACUACUGUCAGUAGUAGUAGUACUACUAGUACUAUUACUACUGUUACUACUAAUACUACUGAUACUUCUACUCAAAUCACUAAUCAUCAUCAUCAUCAUCAUCAACAUCCUCAUAAUCUACUGAUCACCGAUGAUGAUGAUGAAGAAAUUAUCGACGAUCCACCACAAUCGAUUGCUUCAACAAUGGAUUUGUUGAAUUCAUUUCAAUCGGAUCUAGUCGAUCAUCAUUUAAUGUUGAAUAAUGAGACGACAAUGUUGAAAAUGAAUUGUCCAUCUCCACAAUUAUCACUGACUACAAAUGAUCAGUGUAUUUUCUAUGAAACCGGUUAUUCAUCAUCGUCAUCAUCGACUUUACCGACAACAACACAUUCAUCGAGAUGUGCGAUACCAUCGACCUUGUCGUCAUCAACAUCGGCAGCAGCGGCAGCGAUCAAUGAUCCGUCGACUUCGAUAUGGCGUCCUAUGGAUUGCGACCGAGCAUCAUCCAUUGGAGGCAAUCAAUCAACGUGUUUGGUUGAUUCACAGUAUUCUAUUCCAGUGAAUAGUACUCAUCAUUGUAGUAAGAAUACGACACCGGCAUUGUCGUAUACCGAUGAUAUUACUGUUGAUGAUAGAGAUGAGGGUGAUGAAGUGUUUGAAGUCGAGAACUAUGACCAACGACAAUAUCAUCCAAUCGAUCAUUUAUUUCCAUCCCAUGACGAUUUGAUGUAUACUGGUAGUAAUCGUGAUGCUGCUGUUGAUGUUGAUGAUGGCGAUGACGGUGAGGAGGAGGAGGAUGUCGAUGAUGAUGAUGACAUCGACGACGACCUUGAUGAUGGAGAAGAGGUGGGGGAUAGUGACUGUGCUGGUGGUUUGACAAACAAUCAUGUCAUUACCACUGCUACUACGACUACUAGUACUAACACUACUACUAAUAGUACUACUAAUAAUUCAACUUGUGACAAUGCCAGACAAGAAGAACAUCAAAUAACAACAGAUUUACUGGAUACUAGUUUAAUGCUUUCAUGGAAUCCAACACAAAGUCACAAUCAUCAUUCAUCAACAGAAUUCUUUGCUCAUCAUUAUUAUUAUUUUUAUAAUUCUCAAAAUUGUUCCCCAAAAUUCCCAUCCCCAGAUUUGCAUAAUCUAUCGCCUGUAUCAAUGCAUUUUGAUCAACCGUCAGAAGAACGUCCGCCAACAUUUGAUGGGUUGCCGUUGCCAUUUCCAUCAUCAUCAUCGUCAUCUCAUCAACUGCUGCAUCCUAUUCACGAUCAGACUACGACAACAACAAAUUUUACUGGAAUCCAAUCUCCUUGUUCAUUGUUAUCACCUGUAUCGUCGAUUACAACAUCGACGCCAUCAUCAACAUCGUCUUUAUUGUGUGAAAAUAAUCUAACUGAUUGUUCAAAUUAUUUAGGACAAUUCUAUCAUCAUUACAAGAAUAAUAAUACUACUGCUAAUACUACUACUAGUAGUGAUUUAAGUAGUAUACCGAAUAUGAUCAAUAAUAUAGAGCCGACUUAUUAUCCUGUAAUUCCAGAUGACAUUCCAAACGGUACUGAUCAAUGUUCAAAUUUUUCUGUCGGUUAUUUAAUUGGUCAUUCAACUAUGUCUCCUUCAGCAUCGUCAUCCACAUCAUCGAUAGCUACCAAUUCCAGAUGUUCACUAUUACAAACAGAACAGACAACUGGCAUCCUCUCUUCCAUAUGUCCAUCUUCCACUGUGACCACAUCAUCAUCGUCCAAUCCCGUUACGGAUAAUAUGAAUUAUUUGAACACUCCACACUUAUCAUCUCUUCCACUCACCACGGAUCAUUGUAAUGUAGUAGUUGUUCAACAGUCCACACAAUCAUCAUUGUCUCAAUUGAAUUUUACAAAUGAUACAUUGGAUUAUGAAUUUAUUGUUUAAACAAUUGUUGUGUGUGUUGAUUGAUUGAUUGAUUGAUACAAAGAAAAAAACGCAAAGUUAACAUGUUCUUCAAAAUUGAACACAUUGAACAGUUUAAAAAAAUAAUCUGUGAAAAGAUUUUUUCUUUGUUUAGAUCGAUAACUGAAAAAAAAAGAUGGAAGAAGUGUACAUUAGACAAAAUAAAACACAUGUAACGCAAUGUUAUGUUUGUUUAUUCAUGAUGAUGAUGAUGAUGUUGUUAGUUUACGGAUGAUGAAAUUUGAAAAUGGCGCGCGUUCAAUGUACAAUUCUUUCUAUCUUAACAUGUUUUUUUUUGUGAUUUCAUUUUUUUUGUGUUGUUUUGAUUUGAUGAUAUCACUUUUUGGUUGUUUCUUUUCAUAUAUAUAUAUUUUUUUGUCAUUGAUCAGAGUGAACAUUUUUGUAAAUAAAUGAAAAAUUUUGAAAAAUAUGAUGUAACAAAAAUUUGUUGUUUU